AGUACAUCAGCUGUCAGUGCAUUUUGUUAAAUUAAUUUGCGCGUAAAAUCAUGACAAUUGGUUUUCGGCGUUUGUGUAAACUUGUCGUUCCCAUUGCCGGUAACGUACUUAGCCUAUCUCGUGCACAAUUUGCAACCAUAAAAAUGGCAACCGCCAGUAUUGAUUACAAAGCGGCGAGCAGCAUACAUGAAUUUACUGCAAAAAAUAUCAAAGGACAAGAUGUAAGCUUGGACAUUUACAAAGGUCAUGUUUGCAUUAUAGUUAACGUCGCAUCUCAAUGUGGACUUACAGCAAAUAACUAUAAGCAGUUAAAUGAACUGUAUGAUCAAUAUGCUGAAAGUAAAGGUUUACGGAUUCUAGCUUUCCCAUGCAACCAGUUUGCGGGCCAGGAGCCAGGUGAUUCUGAACAAAUUGCUUGCUUCAUAUCAGAUCGCAAAGUCAAAUUUGAUAUGUUUGAAAAGAUUGAUGUCAAUGGAGACAGUGCACACCCAUUGUGGAAGUUUCUAAAGCUCAAGCAAGGAGGUACCCUCGGCAACUUCAUCAAAUGGAAUUUUACCAAAUUUAUUGUUGACAAGAAUGGUGUGCCAGUAGAGAGGCAUGGUCCAAAUGUUGAUCCAGUAGAUUUGGUUAAGUCUCUUGAAAAAUAUUGGUAAAAUUUGCAAGAUAUGGUCAUAUAUUCUCUGUAAUUUUUAUAAACACAAAUCACUAAGGCUUGAAAUUUUUUCAUGUUAAAAUAUUGUUGUUUAUAUGUAUUUUGACAUAGAUAUGUGUUUAUUUUACAAUUUGUCAAAUUCUUAUUAAUGAAAAUGUUAUUUAAGACUGUUACAAGAACUGUUACUGUUUUAAGAGGAAUGUUGAAAUAUGUUAAGAUUAUUGUUUUAGAAGCAUUUUGUGUAUUUAUGUUAGAAGUCACAACUUUACAAGGCACUGAAAAAUCUUUUCUAACUUAAUUACUUCAAACUUGCAAUUAUUGUUAAGUUACUUGAUUUGCAUUUCGUAAUAAAAUAUUUUUUUAUGUUGCAGUAGUC